GGUAACAACGAGACCACGACUGCAGUGCGAGUGAAAGAAUGCCGAAGCCCUGGCUCUGGACUGAGAGCAUGCGGAAUAUUGAGCUAAGGCCCCACCAGGUCAAGGCGUAACCACCCGACCUCCGAAAUCGGGAGCUGCAGGCUGUCAGCACCAGCACGCGCGCAUGGCGAAGCCGGCAGCUGGUCAAAGGGGAGAAGCGGUGAGAGCAGCCACCGCAGCCACAAAGCAGUCGGCCGUCUUUCGACUGUGUUGCAGCGGCAGCUGGCGCUUGUCCUGGUCCACGGCACGAGCAGCCUUUCCAGUGGAGGCCGAUGCCCUGUCUAAGGCCUUUAAGGCGGGACGCUUCGGCCGACAGACUAGCGCCGCUGCUGAGGCCGCCGUGCAGUCGGGCGCCGCGCCUGGCGAAGAAACGGACGCAGCCGGUGGCGGCAGCAGGCCGUCGUGCUGCAGCCAGCCCAUCAAACUGCACUACCAGGCCAUCGGCAGCCCAGCUCACGGCUUCGACGUGUACACUGGGGCUCGCCUGGUAUGCGACACAAACCAACAGCUCAGGAUUGCUGGGCUAAGGCCUCUGCGGCAGCAUCUGUCCUUCGCACCGCGCGCGCCGUUGCAGCUCUCCGUCCUGCGUGGCGGGCGUGUCGUGCUGGAGGCGGCGGCAGAGGCCGCAGCAGCAGAGCCUUGGGAGCUGGGUGGGUUGGCGGACCGGUGGCAGCGAUGUCAGCGGGCAAGUCAGAAGGUAAAUCAACAAUUGCAGCAGCGGGCGGGCGGAUCCACGGACUCGGACAACGAAUCUGAGGAGUCAUUUGCGCCUACUGAUUCGGAGGACUUGCGGGGAGCAGAGGAUCCACUGGAGGAGUCAGAGGAAGCAUCUGGGAACGGUUCAGAGGAAGAAUCAGUGGAGGAGUCAGAGGAGGAGUCAGUGGGGGAGUCAGAGGAGGAGGCUUCCGACGAGGCUGACAGGCGCCGCACAGGCCGGAAGCGGCCGCUGCAGCAGGCAGCACAGCACGGGGCCGCGGUGAGGGCGCCGCGAGCCGCCGAAGGGACGAUCGUGUGCCGCCUUAACGGCAGCAGCAGUAUGGGCGCGUGUAGACUGUCUGUGGCGUCAGCGCGGCUGGCCUUCCCAGCGGCGGCGGAGGCCCUCUCUGCGGCCUUCCGGGCGAAGCGCGCCGCCAGACGGAGCGCCGUGACCGACGACGACGCUGACGACACGGACGAUGACAACGACGCUAUGGCUGCGGCACGGGCGGGCCCCGGCCCCAGUAGUACUGCAGCGCGUGGUUCCGGUUGCGCAGGAGUGGCGGUCCGGCCCGCCGCUGAGGCGGUUGCGGCCGCAGUCGGCGGCAGCGGACUGGCCUGCUGCAGCCAGCCCAUCACGCUGCACUACCGGGACGGCAGCAGGCCGCACGACAAGCUACACGUGUACAGCGGGGCUCGCCUUGUUUACGAUGGUGCGUACAGAAUCAACGGGCUAGGGCCCCUGCGUCGGCAGCUGUCGGUUGGCUACAACACGACGCUGCUGCAGCUGAGGUUGCUGCCACGCAGCCGUGUGGUUGUUGAGGUUGCCGCACCGGCAGCAGCAGGAGCAGCGGCGGUGCCAGCGCCUGGGCCAACUGGAGACCGGCGGCAGCAGCAGCGGGAGCGGGCGAUGCAGAAGGUGCGGCGGCAGCUGCAGGAGGUGUCGGAGUCGGAGGAGGUGUCGGAGGAGGUGUCGGAGUCGGAGGAGGCGUCGGAGGAGGAGUCGCAGUCGGAGGUGUCGGCCUCCGACGACUUGGCUGAGUCGCAGCCAUCAGCUGCGUCAGAGGAAGAGGCCGAACAGCCGGGCGAGGAGCACCGCACGGAGCACGCCCGGCGUGUGAGCACUUUGCAGCAUGGAGACCCGUGCCUAGUGACCGUCCCGUUGUCCGGACUCCAUUGGUUGCCGAAGCGGACGAUGGCGGCGCUGCUGGGUCCGGAGGCGGCGAUCACGGGCGUGCUACCCGGGUUCGGCAGCCUCCCGGAGCUGCCACUGUGGCUGCCAGUGAAGGAGCAGCAACUGGCACCCGCAGCGGCGAUAAGAUGCCACGGCGUACCGAGUCACUGCACUAGCGCGAGGUGGAUGGUAGCGCGGCUAUCGCAUUGGACUACGAGCGUCGGAGCCGGGCCCGGCAGCACCUUGCGCUUCCGGGCCGUGCUGGAGCCGGAAGCAGCAGCAGCAGCGGGUGCAGCAGCGGGCGCUGCCGGAGGCGCCGCCUGCCGCCCUGGCAAGGGGGGUAGCAGCGUCGGCGUCGGCGGCGGUGGGGGCGGCGGCGGCGGGGGCUGGGGCGGUGGGGGCUGGUGCGGCGGGGGCGGCGGUGGGGGCGGCGGGGGCGGGGGCGGGGGCGGGGGCGGCGGGCGUGUGAUCGCAGUGGAGCUCAAGUUGGUGAGGAGGGGCGCACCCAUUGACGCGGCUGCGGCGGGAGGGACGCCAGCAGCAGCUAGGCGGAAGCGGGCGGCACGGGUUCGGGAGGAGGAAGAGGAGGAGGACGAGGAGGAGGAAGAGGAGGAGGAAGAGGAGGAGGAAGAGGAGGAAGACGAGGAGGAAGAGGAGGAGGAAGAGGAGGAAGAAGAGCAAGAGGCGGGAGAGCAGCGGCCAGCCAAGCGCGCAGCGCAGCCGGCUCAGCACCGCGCGCAGCCAUUGACGCAGUCGUCGCCGCCGCCGCGGCUGCAGCAACCGAAGGUGCCGCACCCGACUGCUGGUGGACCUCUGUCGGCGGCAGCGGCCGCCGCCAAGGACGCGCGGAGGGGGAGGGUGGCUGCUGGCGGCUGGCAACCUUACACUCCCCUGGCCGCGGCCGGUGCUGCGGGUGGCUCGCAAUCGCCACACGUGCCGGCGACGCCGGCUGCUGCUGCGGAACCUGCCGCAGCGGGCCGCAAGCGCGAUGCUGGACUGGCGGGUGGCCUGGCGUCUGAUGCCGACCAGCGGCAGCCGAAGACGCGGCACAAGGUGCAGGUGAAGCAGGAGGCCGACGCAGAGAGGCCUGGGGCGAACGGACCUGCGGCAGCUGCGGCAGCUGCGGCAGCUGCGGCAGCUGCGGCAGCUGCAGCUUCCGCCCCGUCUCCUUCACCGGCCUCUGAGCAGCAGCCGCUCGAAAACAGCGGCGCCGCCCGGGACGCCGCUGACGCAGAGCAGGCUGCGGCCCCGCCGCCGGGCGCGGCUCAGCUACCCGAGUUCGUGAAGAAGCACUACCGCAAAGCCCACAAGCUGACCAUGGGUGGCUCCCCGCCCGUGCUGCCGCUGGAGCUGCUGCAGCGCUACGUGGCCAGCGUUGGCUGGCAGCCCGCAGAGAUGGAGAUCGAGAGGAUACCGGGUCCUGUGGCCAUGGCCGUAUCUGCUGGAGGCGGCGGCGCUGGCAGCUGCAUUGGCGCAACCUUCAAGGCGACCGUAAUGCUGCAUUCGAGCAACGAGAGCACCAAUGUUUCAGCAACUGGCCGGGUGGCAGCGGACAAGGAGACGGCCCGGCAGCUAGCGGCGGCGGCCUGCCUGCAGCAGCUGCGGACCUUGGGCGUCAGCCGCAAGCGCAUCAUGCAGGGAGUCAGGCCGAAGAAGUAGCGGUCGCAGGCUGAUUCGGAGCGAGCAGCAUCGACCAGUGGCACGAGCGGGUUCAGUAGGGGUGGGGGCAGAAUGUACAACACGGGAGGCAUUGUGGUUGGAAUGAUUGGCCCACACAAUGGAUCUUUCUGCAUUGGUGGAUGCUUGGGGUUGUGUAGGCACCAGGGCUCUGACGCAGGUUUGCGCUCGGGAGCGAUGGAACUGACGCAGACGCCGGCUGCGCAUGCUGCACCCGGCGUUGUGUGCAAGUAGCUGUUUUGGCGGCCAUGGGUACUCAGUUGUACAGAAUGGGUCAUUGCAGGUUGUGCUGCUUGUAGAUGGGCCCCUGGUUUUGCAAGGGGUUGCAUGUGAGCCUUUCCCUGCGGCCUUGUUCCCUGGCAGAAUGCAAGCCGGUUUCGACAGAUCGUCCUUGAGCCCAUGCUUUUGAAUGUUGACCUGGUUAAGACACUGAGGGCGCCUCGCUAACUCGCUUAGUCAGCGUGUCGCUGGGCGCGGGUUGGUUGUCAUGUACGGAUACCGUGAGUGCGCAGCAGUCCGGAGACGCAGCACAUGGUGUCUAGACUGUCUACCACGCGCUAUGC